AUGACCGCGACCACUGCUUCGUGCAUCCUAGCCAAACUGGCAGCCACAGGCGAUGCCUACGCGAAGGGCCAGCCCGGCGCGCGUGAGUCGCUGAUAGCGCUCUCACGCGAGCUCAUUGCCAACUUGGAGCUGUCGAGCGAGUUCUUGCAACGAAGCUUUUGGGCAGAGCCCGCAAUGUGCGCGAGCAUUAGACUAGCUGUCGAUCUCGAUAUUUUUGGACUCCUUCGAGAGGCCGGCGCAGAAGGCGUUCUUCCUGACGUGCUCGCUGAGAAGGUCGGCAUGCAAGCGAGCCUGUUGAAGCGACUGAUGCGGCAUCUCGUCGCAAUGCACGUCUUGGAGCUUGCCGACGGCAAGUUACGGGCAAAUUCCUUGAGCAAUGGCCUCGCGAUGCAAGAUUACCAGCGCAGCAUCAUGUUCUGCUUCGACGUGUCGCGGCCCUCCUUGAACAGCUUUCCAAGUUACUUCAAGGAGAUGAAAUACCAAGAGCCAGCGUUGUCGAAGAUUGAUGGACCUUUUAAUAAGGCAUUCGGGUCACCGCUGCCGUUCUUCGAUUGGCUUAACGCGAACCCUCCCAACUUGCAGCACUUUGCUUCCUUUAUGGCUUGUUAUCGCGAUGGAAAGCCGAAUUGGUUCGAGAGCGGGUUUUAUCCCGUGCAAGAGAGGUUGAUAGCGGGCUUCGACCCGAGCAUUGGGGAGGCACUCGUUGUGGACGUUGGCGGCGGUAGAGGCCAUGACAUGGUCAUGUUUGCUGCUAGAUAUCAUGAUCAUCCUGGGAAUAUCAUUCUGCAAGAUCAGGACGUGGUUAUCGGAGAGAUUGAGAGCAAGGACGCACAGCCAUUCACCGCUAUCGCACACGACUUCUACAAGCCACAGCCCGUCAUGGGCGCCCGGGCAUACUCGCUGCACUCGAUUCUACACGACUGGGACGACGACCACGCGGCAAAGAUUUUGGAGAACCUCAAGCCGGCGUUGAAGCCAGGCUAUUCGAGGGUGCUGCUGAACGAGAUAGUCGUGUCGGAGGAUGAGCCAGCACUUGCGGCUACUGCGAUGGACAUGAUGAUACUGGGACACUUAAAUGUCUGCGAGCGCACAGAAGCUCACUGGAGAACGAUCAUUGAAGGAGUGGGCUUGCGGGUAAUUAACAUUUACCGCUACCCAGGCAGCGCAGAGAGCCUGAUUGAAGCAGAGCUUGCUUUGUGA